AGAUAAAAAAAAAUUAUGUAUUACAUGGUGUGAGAGUUUAUUCCGUGCGGUCAAAGUGCUUACCUAAAACGGGCCGUUAAGGGUUUUUGUUGGAGCAGUUGAAUAGUGAUGUUUCUUCACAGAGUUGGAUUAAGAACAGCAUUACCUUUAUCAAGAAGGUUAUUUAGUAGUAUUGGUAGCCAUGAUAUGUCUAAAGCUAUUUCCGAGCUCAAUCAGGAAAUGGAAUCUGUAUUUGGUGAACCUCCUCCAUCUAGCCUUUCUGGUUCCAUUGACAAUCAAACUAUGACACAAGACUUGAAGCUUAGUACUGUAGAAAUGGAUGAUAAAAAAUCUUUUGCUGGAUUGACACAUAUUGGCAGCAAAGGUGAAGCUCAAAUGGUGGAUGUAUCUCUUAAAGAUAUUAGUAAGAGAGUGGCCAUUGCACGUGGCAAGGUUAUUUUAGGACAGAAGGUAUUUGAUCUGGUUUCAGCCAAUCAAAUGGGAAAAGGAGAUGUCCUGAGUGUGGCAAAAUUAGCUGGAAUUUGUGGAGCGAAGCAAACAAGCAAUCUCAUCCCACUAUGUCACAACAUCAACUUGACACAUGUUCGAGUGGACUUGGCUUUGAACCCUCAAAAUUUUAGCGUUGAAAUAGAAGGGGAAGCUGCCUCAGAUGGAAAAACUGGUGUGGAGAUGGAAGCCUUGACAGCAGUAACUGUUGCUAGUCUAACAGUGUAUGACAUGUGCAAGGCCGCUUCAAAGGAUAUUCAGAUUACAGAUAUCAGGCUUGAACAUAAAACUGGAGGUAAAAGUGGGGACUGGUCCAGGGACAAAUGAUCACAAUCUAAAGACGUGAGAAGGCAAGUGCAUUAACAGCAUGAAAGCCAGUGCUUGCGGGAAUUAUGUAUGUCACUUCCAUUCCAUCAAAUGUCCCUUUGCUAUAAUGUGGUAAUUCUGCAUUAGGAUAUAAGUAGAUAGCUAGUGAAAAGAUGGUCCGUCCAUAAACAUAAAAUCAUGAUACUUCUGAAGUUGAUUUUAACUAGGAUCUGUUAAGUGUACGACAUUUGUUUGAGAAUAUUUUCCUUGCACUCCUAUCUAUUAACUACUCUACUAAUUA